AUGUACCUUGGGGAGACGCAGCCGCAGCUGCAGCGUCGGCACCUUCAUCGACUCCACAGGCAACUCCAGCGUAUGGACCGAAGAGGGCAAGGACGGGAGACGCGCCCAACGAAACUGGGCAGCAAGGGAGUCAGCCUAGCUCGGCGUGCCCUUGGGGCAGAAGAAUCCCUGGUUCAAUGGGCAGAAGUCCCCUAUCCCGAGGGCACCACGGAGUACAUCUUUUGCUUUUCGAAGGAGAAUACAGCCAUUUGCAGGGCCAAGUUGUACUGCUCAGUGGCACAACCGGAUGUGUUUCCAGCGGCAUAUGAUGAGACACCGAAGUAUAUUCAAAAUGAGGAACUCGGAACUACCCCGAUCGAGCAUUACGUCAGACGUCUGGUGACCUAUCUGGCAAGGAUUCAAUCUGUCACGCAGAACCCCGACUACGGCUUGGUGCUCAAGGUCUACGUGAAGCUGGGAACUACAGACUGGUUGAAGAUGUAUUCCAGGCUUUAUCAUGGUUGUGACUUGCAUCCAUGCGAGAACCUACCUACGCCAGCAAUGCUCACGGUCGCGGCUCUCGUCAACACUGAGGAGGACCUCAUAGAUCCUGAUGCGGAAAGGGAGAUCAUCAUGCCAUCUGACAGAGAAAGACAUGAAGCGGAAGUCGCCCAUCAUCGACAACAAGCUAUUGAAGCAGCAAAAGAGACGCGAUCGAAGCUUUCCGUUGGUGGGAGUCCCGACGCCACAACGAUACGGUCACAGCCUACCAUCUUGUGUACCGACUUCGAGUUGUACGCCAAGAACGGAGCAACACAUUUUCCACUUCAGAACGAGAUGAUGAGCAAAGGGUGGGGUCAGUUCGUCAGGUCUUCGCCAACGAUCAGCACCGUGGUCAACUUCUCCGAGACGCAGAAGGUCUUCAAUAACCUCAUUGACAAUCUCGAAAGAAUGCCACAGGAACAAAGAUCAAUGGUGACCAUACACAUUCACCUCUGCCUGCAAGCCAUCGUCCAUGAGAACCUUGCGGUGCCGCUACACGAGUCGUCCUUGCAAGCACAGGAGAACAUGGAGCGGAUCUUGAAGGAUGUCUACAUCAAACACUUCGACAAGAUCCUGAGCUUGGUUCCCAGGCCUCCCAUCGUAAUGAUCAAUCACGAUAGGCGUUUUCUUGCAGCUUCACAUAAAGUUCUUGAUCAAAGGCAGAACUUUGCAGGGUAUGGCGCCGUGGGCGCUUACCUAUCUCUUCAACUACGUUUCCGAGGAUGUAUCGUGGUUCAUGGCUCCUCCUUUUGGUGCAAGAUAAUGAGCUCGUUGAGAGAGAGCCAGUCAGGGUCACACCUGUUCAGCGUCGACAAGUUCACGGAGCACGAACCGCAGAGACACCAUCGCAGAGGAUUCGCAGUCUACGAGAAACAGAUAUUCUGCGAAAAGUUGAUUGCAGCUUGCUUUCUGAGCACGCAGCAGUUGGGGACCUGGGAGAAGACGCUUCACCGGAAAACCACUGACAUCAAGCGGUUCACAGAAAUAUGCACUGACAAUACACAGGCGCAUGUUUCCUCCUCGGUGAAUCUGAACUCUUGGAUUCCACUUCACAAACGUCGUGCCAUCGAAGAGGAGAACAGGCGUGUUGACAUGGUCAGACGUCCUGAUGUGGAGUGGCAAAACUUCGACAUUGCCCUGAGCAUUCCGGAGCCAUCGUACUCUGAUGAGCAGAGGUGGUUCAGGAUCGAUGACUACAGCACGUCAGACAUCAACGCAUGGGCAACGACGGAGACAUUCUUUUGCGAAAGGUACCUCUACGUUCAGAAAUUUCAGGAGGCGAAACCGGGUGAUGAUUUGCUUGAGUACAUCAAGAAAUGCUGCCCUCUCGUCUACAUGUCCGUGGGAAAGGUGGUGUCUUCGUACGGCGGCCUUCGAUGCCCCAUUGCAACAAGCGUGGCAUACGCGUCAUGGGGAAAAGCAAGACAGUUGGCACGGGACAGAGCAUACGAUGCACAGAACAAUCUUUGCUUCAUCGCGUACUACGAUGCAGGGAACGCCGCGUAUGCAGGUUUCAUGAAGACAUUGUUGACUCCACAAGAACGAGAACAAUUGUUCAGAGGAAGCGAGAACCCUGCGGAGGAACUCCUGGGCGACGUGUUCGACAUCGACGCGUGCAUCUAUGGCAUCGAGAGGGAUGAAAGAGUGGAAAAAGAUGUCGAAGAGAUCAUUGCAUUCAUUCGCGAAGAACCACGCUUCAUUGCUGUGCCUUCGGCCGCCAUUGACCGGCGUCUCCUUGGGAGGUUCGGGAUGGACGAGGAGCAGGAGCAUGUUGAUGAGGUUCACUAUGACUUCGCGCAAGGUGUAGACGCAGCUACACUACCUCGGGAAGAUGUUCGCAUGGAUCAUGAAGAACCAGAAGGCGAUGCAGACAAUGUCGAAGACGAUGCUUUGAGAAUGGCAAGGGCAAGAGCCUGGGAUGCGACAAGGGUCCUCAUGCGAGAAUAA